CUCCACGCAGAGCCUCUGUCCCCGCGUCUCGACGUGUCACUGGCGGCGCCGCGGCUGUGGCACGAUAAGGCGCUGACUGGGGGAGUUUGAGGCGGCGGCGACCCCGGCCUGGAUCUGUCCCGGCGCGGAAGGGUUCUGGGGUCCGUGGGGAACAGGAAAGGGAGGUGGCGGCUCAGCCCGCUCGGGGCACGAUGUUGAACAUGUGGAAGGUGCGGGAGCUGGUGGACAAAGCGCUUGAUUUUAACUGAAAGAAGAGGUGGGGAUUCCAGGAGUGAACAGUUACUCAGCACCAAUGUGGUUAUGAAUUAUUCAGAGAUAGAGUCUAAGGUUCGAGAAGCAACGAAUGACGAUCCUUGGGGACCUUCUGGGCAACUCAUGGGAGAGAUUGCCAAGGCUACAUUUAUGUACGAACAAUUUCCAGAACUUAUGAACAUGCUUUGGUCACGAAUGUUAAAAGACAACAAAAAAAAUUGGAGAAGAGUUUAUAAGUCAUUGCUGCUCCUAGCUUACCUCAUAAGGAAUGGAUCAGAGCGUGUUGUUACAAGUGCCAGAGAACACAUUUAUGAUUUGCGAUCCCUGGAAAAUUACCACUUUGUAGAUGAGCAUGGCAAGGAUCAAGGUAUAAAUAUUCGCCAGAAGGUGAAAGAAUUGGUUGAAUUUGCCCAGGAUGAUGACAGGCUUCGUGAAGAGCGAAAGAAAGCAAAGAAGAACAAAGACAAAUAUGUUGGGGUUUCCUCAGACAGUGUUGGAGGAUUCAGAUACAGUGAACGAUAUGAUCCUGAGCCUAAAUCAAAAUGGGAUGAGGACUGGGAUAAAAGCAAGAGUGCUUUUCCAUUCAGUGAUAAAUUAGGUGAACUGAGUGAUAAAAUUGGAAGCACAAUUGACGACACCAUCAGCAAGUUCCGGAGGAAAGAUAGAGAAGACUCUCCAGAAAGAUGCAGUGACAGUGAUGAGGAAAAGAAAGCAAGAAGAGGCAGAUCUCCCAAAGGUGAAUUCAAAGAUGAAGAGGAGACUGUGACGACAAAACAUAUCCAUAUCACACAGGCCACAGAGACCACCACCACAAGACACAAGCGCACAGCAAAUCCUUCCAAAACCAUUGAUCUUGGAGCAGCAGCACAUUACACAGGGGACAAAGCAAGUCCAGAUCAGAAUGCUUCAGCUCAUACACCUCAGUCUUCAGUUAAGACUUCAGUGCCUAGCAGUAAGUCAUCUGGUGACCUUGUUGAUCUGUUUGAUGGCACCAGCCAAUCAACAGGAGGAUCAGCUGAUUUAUUUGGAGGCUUUGCUGACUUUGGCUCAGCCGCUGCAUCAAGCAAUUUCCCUUCCCAAGUAACAGCAGCAAGUGGGAAUGGAGACUUUGGUGACUGGAGUGCCUUCAACCAAGCCCCGUCAGGCCCUGUUGCUGCCAGUGGUGAGCUCUUCAGCAGUGCCUCACAGCCAGCUGUAGAGCUUGUCAGUAGCUCACAACCAGCUUUAGGCCCACCUCCAGCUGCCUCAAAUUCUUCAGACCUAUUUGAUCUUAUGGGCUCAUCGCAGGCAACAAUGACAUCUUCCCAGAGUAUGAAUUUCUCUAUGAUGAGCACUAAUACUGUAGGUCUGGGUUUGCCCAUGUCAAGAUCACAGCCUUUGCAAAAUGUUAGCACAGUGCUGCAGAAGCCUAAUCCUCUCUAUAAUCAGAAUACAGAUAUGGUCCAGAAGUCAGUCAGCAAAACCCUGCCCUCUACUUGGUCUGACCCCAGCGUAAACAUCAGCCUAGACAACUUACUACCUGGUAUGCAGCCUUCCAAACCCCAGCAGCCAUCACUCAAUACAAUGAUUCAACAACAGAAUAUGCAACAGCCUAUGAAUGUGAUGACCCAAAGUUUCGGAGCUGUAAACCUCAGUUCUCCAUCGAACAUGCUUCCUGUCCGGCCCCAAACUAACCCUCUGAUGGGGGGACCCAUGCCUAUGAGCAUGCCCAGUUUGAUGACUGGCACCAUGGGAAUGGCCCCUCUUGGAAAUAGUCCAAUGAUGAACCAGAGCAUGAUGGGCAUGAACAUGAACAUAGGGAUGUCAACUGCUGGGAUGGGCCUGACAGGCACAAUGGGAAUGGGCAUGCCCAACUUAGCCAUGACUUCUGGAACUGUGCAACCUAAGCAAGAUGCCUUUGCAAAUUUUGCCAACUUUAGCAAGUAAGAGAUUGUAAAGGAGCAGAUUGAAUGAAGGAUUUUUAGUGGUGCAGAUAGGUGAUGUUGGGAUGGAAAAUGCUAGUCAACUCCCCUUUCUUUCAUCAAUUAAUUAAAAUAAACCUACAUUAAGAACCAAAAAGGUUGUUUUAUAAAAGCAAAAUAUCUAGUAUUUCAGAUGGCCAGGCAAGGGCGCUUCAGAUGAGGCAGUCAGAAUCAUUUUUCCCAGUGAGACUUAGACCACAAAUGGGGCAGUGAGACCACUGAAAGCCUUUAUAAAUUGAGGAGCCCAUUUUAAUAUCAUAAUAUGUGGGAAUACUAGAAUAGGGCUGAAUAAAUGUGUUUGAAUCUCUAAUUUUAUACUUUUCUUUUCCUGAAGAACUUGAUUUUUCUGUCCCUGAAUUGCCUUGUCACAAUUGGGUCUGUUCCUUUUACUACCACUCUUGAGUCCAUAUAUGAAAUCAUUAAAGUUGGAUGAUCAGUUUUUUAUAAAAAUAUAUAUUUUUGUCCAAAAAAGGCAUACAUAUGUGAUUAUGGCUAAAUCAAAGGUAACUGGAAUGUAUAUACUUUUGCUAAUGUUCCAGCAAUACUGCUAUUAUACUAUCCAAAUUUUUAUUGUAACAAAACCUCUUUAAGCAAUUGGUGAUAGCUAUGGGACUUUUCCCAUUUCUUCUGCUAUAAUUAUCCUGUGCAGAACUCAGAAAAAUAUUUUUUUCAGGACUGCUCUAUGGUUUCCUUUAAAAGAAAAGAAAAAACAAACCUCCAGUAUUUUUAUUUGUUCUUAGCAGUCAUUAUUUACACUUUGCAGUGAUAACUUGGCAAGGCUUCCUUCUGUGUUUAUCCCUGUAGCCACCGUGUAAUAGUCAGGAACAGUCAAAAAGAAAAAUAUUUAUUUUUUUUUUUGGUGUCUUCAAAAAAUUUUUGAAAAGGGUAAAAAUCCAUUAAGACCUUCAAUAUAAAUGUUAGAACUCAACAAUGUUGGCUUUUAGAUUUUAUACAGUAUUGUUUUGGUUUUGAGUGUAUAUAAUAUGGCAUUAGCAAUAUGGUUCCAAUAGAGAGGAGUUAAAUAUAUAUAUUAUUAAAGGAGACCUGUAGCAGUCAAAGAUUUUAUCGAUUUAAUGGCAAAUAAAGGAAAUUAAUUAAAUUGUUUUCCUGCUGUAAUUCUGCAUUAAGGUCACAUGAAAAUCAUGAUUCUAGAGUUUGGAAUGCAAAAUUGUUUCACCCUUAAGCUGGGAAUAUUUUUUAAAAUAAAUACUAUAAUAUAGGCAUCAAAUUAUUACCUCCCCACUUUGUGUUGAAAUUUUUUUUAUUGAUAAAACUUUGUUUCCAUUGUAUUCAUAAUAUAGUUCUGUUAUACAUAACAUUAAAAUGUUCAUUAAAAUCAAUGUGGAACUGCUUUUUCUUUCAUUAUGUUAGACAUUAGAGACCGUUUGGGGAAGAAAUAAUUAUAAUUUGGGCAAAGUAAUUUUUAUAAAUAAUUUAAAAUUAUUUAAUGACUUCUCUAUUCCUUCCUAUCAGACUGCUGUUAGGAAUUAAAAAUGAAGCAGCAAAGAUAUCCUGACCUGCUCCAUUCUUGCUAAUGUUCCAUCUACAACAUUUCUAAUUAGGCAGAAAUUCAUGUACUUCAGCUAAGUGGUAAUGAAAAGUGAUUCAUUUGCUGAAUAAGAGAUGAGAGAGAGUGUAAUUAGCUGACUGUGGUUUUUAAUCUUUCAACAAUUCAAUGUGUUUAAAUUAGUUUCAAAGAAUAGGAGCUUUCAAGUGUUGUUACUUCAGAGCAAUCAAGCCAGGCUCUGGUGGCAGUUUGGAGAAUAUCUUCACUGAUAUUUAAAACCCGCAAUCUUAAAUGAAUUUUUUCUUUAAAUUGAGAGGUAUGGCAUCACCUUUUCGAAUAUGUAUGGUUCUUAAAGGAAAUAAAUAUUUUGUUUCUAAA